AUGUUAAGAAAUUUAGCAUCAGAACAAGCCAUUUACAGUGUAGAAAUUGAUUCCGACGAUCGUAAUCAAGCCUAUUUUACUCUUUGCUAUAUGCCACCAUUCCACCAAUACAAUACAAUGAUAGAUAAUAAUGAAAAGGCAAUGUCCAUUUGUCUAUUAUGGGAUGCAAGUUUAAGUCGAGCAAAUGUUGAAAGUCGUAAUCAUGAAAUCAAUAUUCUCAAAAAUAUAUUAAGCAUUUGUGAUUGUCUUUCGACUAUUGGUAGUGAUGACUCGACACAGUUGAAUCAAUUAACAACAAAACCACUUUGGAUAUUUAAUGCUAAUUCGGCACAUGAACCAACAAAUUUUUCAUUGAUUAAUUAUUUAACUAAUGUCAGCGGUGGUGGUUAUAUUUCGCGUGACAAAAUCUUGGGUCAAAAUAGUGCAAACUCUAUCGUUGAAAGGGUUGAUAAGCGACAGACACGAUAUAUAAGUAUGGAUAUCAUCACUAAUGCAAAUGUUCAUGAUAUUUAUCCGAGUCAUUCAAUUGUGUUAAUACCAAAUGCAGAAAGAUUUGUACUCGUCGGAAAAAUAUCAUCAACAGCGUCAGCUAAAAUUGCUAUCAAUUUUUCUAUCUCGAAUCAAAUACAUCGUAAAGAAUUGAUAAUAGAUAGAGCAGAUUCAACAACUGAAAACUAUGGAUUAUUACGUCGUUUAUAUGCGAAACAAAUGGUGACUGAAUUAAAUGCAUUUCCAGAAAAAAAAUAA